AUGACAUCCUCCUCAACCUCCUCUUCACCCUCUUCAUCGCCACCCCCCGACCCUGACGACUACCUCUUUCAAUCAAACUACCAAUCCCAUGCGCCACAAACUCAACCCUCACCAAUCUCGACACCCCGCCCUCAUUCCCGCCAAAGCACCUCUUCCUCCUCAUCCUCCGACGAAUCCCCCUCCCCACCCCCUCUCCAACACAAUUUCUUCGCUCCCCCCUUCUACAAUCGCCCCCCAACCCCCCUUCCCCCCUCGCCCUCCCUAACCAGUCUUCUCCGCCCCUCACGCCCCACCACCCCCGACUCCUCUGCCGACGAACUCGAACCACCCGUCCCACGCGCCUCCCCCAAGGUGCCCACCUACGAAUACUACGGAUUCGUGCUCUAUCUCUUCUCCUCCCUCACCUUCCUCCUCUAUCUCCUCUGGUCCUAUCUCCCCUCCCCAUUUUUACGCGCAUUAGGAAUCUACUACUACCCCAACCGAUGGUGGUCACUAGCGCUACCCAGUUGGAUCGUGAUGCUACUCGUGUAUAUAUAUGUUGCGCUCGCGAGUUAUAAUACUGGGCAUUUGACGCUGGGGAUGAGUAGUGUGGAGACGAUUAUCGAUGGUGCGGCGAAUGUGUGUUUGGUUGAUGGGAAAGGGAUGGCGGGGGCGAGCAAUGCGAGUCCGAUCAGUAAAGCGAGUGCGACGAGUAAAGCAAAUCCGAGCAAAGCGAGCCCGAGUAAAGUGAGUCCGAAUAAAGCAAAUCUAAGUAAACCAACCCAAGAAGAAAACACGCGUGAAAAAGAGAAAGAAAGAAAGCGGACAAAAGAGCGAGAACGAGAAAGAGAAAGAGAAAGUCAAAAAGGCACAGGGUACACAGGCAGUAGCGGAAAAGAAAGGGAACGAGAAAGAGGAGUAGGAUAUAGCGGAGGAGGAGGAAAAGAAGCAGAAGUAAGAGCGUGGACAAAAGUAUGGAGUCGAGGGACGGAUGCCGUUAUGGAUGUGCCGUUGGGAGGCGUGUGUGAGAUUUUAUAUGGGGAAGGGAGAGAGGGGCGUGGGAUGGAUGAUGGUGAUUAUGAUGAUUAUUGA